AUGGCGGAUAGUGAAGAGAAAAAAAAAGUUGGCGGAAAACGAGAAGGGUUUGGCAUUAUUCAUACAAAUAGGGAAAGUGAAAACAUGGUUUUGAAAAUGCUUUUCAGAAACGAGGUUCGGAGAGUUGAAUUGGAAGUGGACAUCUUUGAUGAGGGCGUCGAGCCGAACCAAGUCAAGUUCAAGCCUCAACAAGCUGAGUCGAGACAAGAUCAUAAGCAACCCUUUUCAUUUAACAACUUCAUUCACCAAUCACCAUCUCUUUGCGGCGAUAAAGAUGAUGACGUCACUGAUGACGAAGAGGAGCUCAAAAGCUGUUCCAAGUACUCGACCCCCAAAUCCUCCAACACCACCACAUUUUUCACUUUAUUAUUAUUAUCACCACAAUCGCCCCCCAAAUUCCCGGUAUUUCUCUUCCGGCCCCGGGACACCCUCACCCUCAUCGCGUGCCUCCUCUUCAGGGCCACCGCCGGCGAGAAUCCGCCGUCCUCCUCCCCGACUAACCCCCGCAGGGACUCCCUCACCGCCUCCGCCGGGAAGUUCAGCACCGCCGCGCAGCCCCUCAUCGCGAGCGCCGCCUGGUCGUACGCCAGGGCCGCCGCCUCCGCGCUCUCGAACGUCCCCAGCCAGACCCGGACACCGUUCCGGGUCGAGUCUCGGAUCUCCGCCGCGAACUUACCCCACGGCCGCCGCCUCACGCCCCGCCUCUCGCCGCGCGAGCUGACCUCCGAUUCCUCCCUGGAUGGGAGCUUGGAAUCCGAAUUGGAGUUCGAAUUGGAAUUGGAGUGGGUUUCCGAUGGAGCUAUGGCGGCAGCGGCGGCUCCCUGGGCUAAAACGCCGUAG